GCAUUCACAUCCCCCACGUAGCAGUCACUAUCACAUAUCUAAUACAGCGUGCCACUUUGCGGCCAUAAUGGAAAUGGCUCCAAUACGUCACGUUAGGCACGCUGUACGAUCUGAUUGCCCACCGUCCAUUUCCCCUUGACCUCUUACUCUGACCUGUGCCUCGACUUCAUCCUUCUACAUCACCUAUCACAACCGCUGCUAUGCCUGUGAACACCAUCAGUGCAGCGGUUCACAUCACCCCGACUGUCAUUAAGACAUUUUAUAAACAUUACCGGCGAAAGGCAUCUAAAUAUGCAGAUGGUAAGAAGGACGAGGAAGCUACGGAUGAUGUUUUGUACGACGAGGCUUUCAAUAUCGUCAAAUCAUUCAUAGAACUUGGUACACACAAUACAGUCGAGUCCCUCCAAGCAUUCACGAAUACACAUAUCGUAUCCCCACCAUGGGCUGCCGUUUCUCCCGUGCUAAUCCCAUUCAAGACAUGCAAUAAAGCUGCGGACAUGCUCGUUGAAUGGUUCUUUGAUCUGGACGAGUUGAGGAGGAUCGUUGGGGGUGAAAAGUGGUGGCAAGUCCGAGGUUUGGACGGCGUAGAAGGAGAAUGGGUGACCGAGAAACGCUUCCUGAACGACACCAACACAAUGGAGAGGGUGAAAAAGAAAGAGGAGGAGCUAGGCCGAUCAUUGAAUGAUGAUGAAGUUGAUAUAAUGAGAAUGGACUGUCUAGAGAGAGUAAUGUUUUACAUCCAUGGUGGCGCAUUUUUCUGGGGAUCCAUAAAUACGCAUCGUUAUCAGAUUCUGAAGUAUGCACGGAAAAUCGAGGGGAGGGUAUUCGCAGUGAAUUAUAGAAAAGCACCUCAAUACCCGUGGCCGUGUCCGUUACAAGACUGUCUCGCCGCUUACCUAUACCUUACUGAACCACCCCCUACUGCGUUACAUUCGGCUGUCUCUCCCGAGAAAAUAGUUAUCGCAGGAGACUCGGCUGGCGGGGGUUUGUGCUUGUCGCUGCUUACGGUACUUCGCGACCUUGGAAAACCCCUUCCUGCUGGUGGUGUCCUCAUUAGUCCCUGGGUUGAUCUUACGCAUAGCUUCCCUAGCGUCAUGGAGAACACCGCAACGGACAUUAUCCCCCCACAUGGUUUCAUUCACAAGCCCUCCAUGCACUGGCCAGUAGACGCGCUUCCGAGAAAUCAUGACCGAAUAAUUCCAUCGGAAUCCCCCCCUCCGCCUAAACCGGGUCACGCAGAUACACUGCUUCCCAAUGCCAAUAGAGUUGCCAAAGAGGCUUUGGACGAAGAUCGUUCAAAUUCGAAUAUUGCGCAGAAAGAUAUGUUAAAUUACGAUGGCGAUGCGAGAGAGAUUAACGAAAGCACGAGGACCCUUCCCGAGCAACCCGACGAGAAAGAAGCUCGAUCAUGGUAUCCGAAGCCGCCGAAAGUGCUUAUGGAGGACCCAAAUGCUGUCCCCUUGGAGCUUCGGUCGCAGAUCCAGCUGUACGCUACGAAUGAGCAGCUCACGCAUCCGUUAGUUUCGCCGAUCCUGCAAGGGUCAUUGGGCAACUUGUGUCCAUUGUAUGUCAUCACGGGUAAUAAUGAAUGUUUACGAGAUGAAAUCAUCUAUUUGGCGCAUCGUGCUGCAUACCCGGAGGAGUUUCCACCUAGGAUGGAGGCAGUCAAGGAGUCGCGGAGGCAGUCUGACAACGUGGAAAAGUUCAAGACUCCUACAAAAGUUCACUUGCAGGUAUUUGAUGGCAUGUGCCAUGUUCUGACGGUCUUUACGUUCCGCCCUGCUGUGAAGUAUGCAUACCGAUCAAUAGCAGAGUUCGUCAGACAUGUCACAGAUAAUGCGACAUCGUCAAGUCCGGACGCUACGUUUCCCGAAUUACGCAGAGAUAAUCCAGGCUUGAAGGAGGGCGGGGACACGCAUAAUACGGAACGAUCUCUACCUGUUCCGAGCUACAUCAGCAAUGGAUUAAAAUCCUUGUCUUCCCCUUUCGGAACAAGCAGAAAAUCCUCUAGUAGUAUGCUGGAAACCAAUAAAGCUGCCACGAAGGAGCAAAUACAAGAGCAUCCUUCAUUGAACAGACUCGACUCCUCGGAAUCUACAAAAGACAGCUCCACUCGGGAACGUAUCCCGGACGAUUUUCCUCGGGUUGUGAUGAUCCGGCAACGCGUCGAUAUACAUGGUCAUGUACGUCAAAUGGAGGAUAAGAAAGACAUUUCUUGCCUCAAAUUAAGCGCGAAUGAAAUCGGAGUACUUCGGGAAGCACCUGCACGACGAUGGCUGGCGGGUCAGAAGGAAUGGGAUGAACGCUUCAAAGAUGUAGCGAAAAAGGUGGAAAAGCGGCGAAAGAAAACUAAAGAGCAAUACGAAAAUACACUAAAACGUGCCCGAGAAUUGGGGCUCGUGCAUGCUCCUGUUCCUGAUAGCGCUUCCACUACUACGGACGGAAGCGUUGAACAGGACAGUGGCGAUGGACGAAUCCAGAAGAGCAGGCGAUGGGGACCACUGGACCUCGACGAUGAGGAUGCUCCUCCGAGCGCAAUUGCGGCUAGGCGUGAUACACCGGAAGCGCUUGCUCUGUUGAAGAAGACACUCUACCAUACUGCUCCAAGGACGAUAAAGAAGAUGCCGAAGCGAAAAGUUAAAGACGUUAUCAAGGCAGCCCUAGAUCCUGCAGAUGAUCCUUCCGCACCUCCUCGACAGUCUGUAUCGGAGCAACAGUACUCGGCGGAAGUCGUACCAAUUCACGGACUUAGUCUAUGGGCAUUCAUUAUGACAUAUUUCACGAAGCGCAGUUCGGCUCAGGCCGUUAAGGGGAAGCGCAAGACUAUGUCUGGUCUGAGGAAAUUUAAGGUCGGAUUUACGAAACAUGGUACUAGGAGCCGAUCAGACUCUAUGCGGGUUGAAAGGAAACCUUCUGCAGAAGAUCACUCUACUAACUAAUUGCAUUAAAUUUUUGUAUACCAUUGUGGAUCUGGAUCACUUCGUAUUUCAAAACUGUUCAUGUUU